AAUGGUAUCAGCCUAUAUCAGAUUUGACGAUACCCCCAGAUCGGAAUUUAUCUAUACCUGAAUCACGCUUACCAAAUAUCGACCAAGCUAGUAUAACUGAAAAUUCUAUUGUCACUUCGGAUAAGCGGGUCAAAAAUAGAAAAUCAAGAUCUAAGUCUGUUCAAAUUUCCGACUUACCUGAUAAUGUUACAGCCGGGUCCUUUAGGGACGAAUCUACGAUUCAUAAACCAACAAAAAAAGUGGGAGAGGAGGAUGACCUAUAUACUUUAAUCGAACGUAAUCGUAAAGAAACAGAAGAAGCUGAACGUGAAUCAGAAAAGAUUUUAGCCAUAAAGUGA